ACCGCCAACCCUAAGCAAAGGACUACAAAACCCUAAGCAAGGGACUUUUUUUGUUUCUAUUGAUUUGAGGGCUUGAUAUCAAUAAAGGUGGGCAUAAGUCGUGUCAUAUACACCAGUGUGCCUCGUUCUCAAGCGGAUCAGUCUUAAAUGGGCCAUGAUAUAUUCGUGAUGUGCAUAUAUGAAACUCAUGCCCAACCCAACCUUGUGUCAGGUGCAAAUUUAUGCAUAAAACAAAUGCAGACAGCCCAAUCUAUAGCAGCCUCAACAAUUAGAGCCAGACCUAACGCUCUUGGCCCAGUACGACUAACCAUUUACUACCACCUGCUCGAAAAAAAAAAAGAUAAAAAAGGCAAGAAAAAGACUAGUGGCACCACCGUAUAGCGAGCGAGGGAAGUCGAACUUUGUAGAAUCAACACAUAUACAGCUUAUAACAUGGAAGACCCUUCUAGAUAAUUAGCCGUUCAACUUCAUCUCUCCCCAAAUUCUCUCUUCACCAUUUCCAAAUAAUUCUAUUCUACUUCCAAUUUAGUAAGAUGGAAGAACAUCAUAUUACCAAGAAGAGAAAGAUACAAGAAGAAAUCAAGAACAAUAAAAAUAGUGAAUUUCUGACAAGAAAAGUAAAGAUGUAUUGUCCAGCAGUAUCAAAGGUAGCAGAAAUUAUGGCUUGGGAAGAUCAAAGAUUGGAUUUUGGCACCAUUGCUAGAGUUUUCGGGCUCGAACCCGAAACCUUGAAGCUUAAUGGACAUUUUAUUAGUAGAGGUGUGGACCUUAUUGCUUCCUCUGUUACAUGGAAAUCUUUACUUUCUUUCUUCUCUUCGAAGGGUUUGUCCACUGGUACUGAUUCUUCUGGUGCUCUAGUUGUCGAUGGAAAGCUCUUCAAGUCUGGUUCUAAGAAAAAUGUACAUGAGGAAGGUGUAGGAAUAAGUCGAACUUGUGAUGAAGAGAUCGAGUCGAGGUGUAAUAAGAAGUUGAAGGAGAGCCAGAUGGCUAAAUGUGGUGAUACUGGAUUGAAGAGGAAAAAUUGGGUGGAAAAUGUUAAUCCCAUGGUUAAGAGACCGAGAGUUAAUGGUCAUGAAGAUAGAGAGUGCUGCAUCAACAAGUUGCGUUGUGGCUAUCAGUUGCAUGAGACUAUGAAGAGAAUGAGAGAAGAUGAAGUCGUCGCAUCAUCUUGUAAGAGAGCGCGAUGAAUGAAGUUCCAAUUUUGCUGUUGGAAACUCUUGUUUGGUUUGUAGAUUGAUCGGAAACAUACAAACAAUUGUCCGGAGUAUCCUUACAUUUGAUGAUAACAUAAUGUUGUUCAUCUUCAUUUGUGUGUUGCAAGGAGGCGAGUGUACCUGUAAAAGUGUAAGCUCAUUCUUCCUUGCAAUGUGGUUGGGUUGGGUUGAUUUUGUACACGUAGCGAGUUCUGUAGAGAAGAAACACCUGAAUGUUAAAGUAUACAAGUUCAAUGUUUAUGUGCAAGUUAUAGUUGCAGAGAGGCAGCGUAA